AUGCCCAGGCGGACCGCGGGGGGACGGCACCCAUAUGUCCCCGAGAGUCGGCGUGUGGCCAGUUACAAACCGGGGGCGGCCAGAGAGGUCGGGCGCCCGAAGCCUCCGCAGACCCUGGGGCCUCCGCGCCCGGGCAUAUGGGACCGCGCCGGGGCCUUGCAGCGUGCCCGGGGCGGCCUAGCCCGCAGCCAUCCCCCGGCGCGCGCCCACACUCACUCGCCGGCCGGCCCCCUGACCCCCGGCUCCUGCUGGGGCGGCACCCCCUCAGCUCCCUCGGUCGCCCACGGCCCGGCGUGCACACCUUCCCUCGCGUCGGCCCUGGCGCCGUAUCAGCCCCUGCAGAGGCACCAGCGCCGCCCCAUCCCGGCCAUGCCUGCCGCCAUCCCCGCCAUCCCCGCCGCUAGCCGCGUACCUGCUUCACCGCCGCCGCCCGGUCCAGCCACUGCUCGGUGCAGCCGCCUUGCCCACACUCCACGCCGGCUGAUUCUAGCGCCGGCUUGCUCGCCUUUUUCUUCCGUCCACGUCCCGCAAGAUGACGUUACGUCAGCGGCGUUGGAGUAA